AACCAAAACAAUCGGUUUCCGUUACAAUGCGGUCAAAUAAAAUUAUAAAAUAAGCAUUUCAAUGUUUAUAUUUUACUUUAUAACACAAGUUUGAGAAAUAUUGUGUUGUUAAUAGAAUUUAAGUAAAAAUGUAUAAAAUCAAUUGUAUUUUACUUGUGGUUUCUUUGUGUGCUUUGUUAUGGGGUGUGGCCGGUCAGUACGAAUGGCAAAUUCGCGAUUCUGUGGAUGAAAUUCGAGGAAAAAUAGAUAAAAUUAACACUGAUAACUGCUUUAUUAGCCAUUUAGAUGAUCUCUUCCUCCCAGAGGAUUCUGUGUCCCACCACCCCGACGUAAAAGAGAUAAACAUUAAUCCGGUAUUUGCAAAUCGGACUGCGUUGUUACAUUUGCACAAUAUGGCAAUGACGAGGGCGUUUUUCUGGAGUUACAUUUUGCAGUCCAGGUUUAUUCGACCUGCUAUAAACGAUACCUACGAUCCAGGAAUGAUGUAUUAUUUCCUAUCAUCCGUAGCCGACGUCUCUGCAAACCCUUACAUAAACGCUAGUUCAAUAUAUUUUUCCCCGAACAUGUCAUAUACGUCCUCGUACCGAGGAUUCUUCAAUAAGACAAUGCGUAGAUUCGCUCCAAGAGCUCUAAGGGCAGAUGAUUUUAAUGAUCCCGUUCAUUUGCAAAAGAUAUCAACAUUAAAUACAUUUUUUGUGGAAGAUCUAGGUGCAUUCGACCCUGAAAGUUUAUCAAACGAUUACACAUCUGAUUUCUAUCGUACUAAUGAGUGGUAUUCAUUAUGGUUACCCGACAAGGUGUCAAAUAGACAUGACACAAAAACAACAUAUCAGGUUGAAAUAAGAUACGCUAAUAACACCAAUGAAACAUUUACAUUCCAUGGACCGCCUGGCAAUGAUGAGACUCCUGGACCAGUGAACUGGACAAAACCUUAUUUUGACUGUGGACGAUUAAACAAAUGGCUCGUUGCAGCAGUUUCUCCCGUUGCCGAUAUUUAUCCCCGUCACACUCAGUUCAGACAUAUUGAAUAUCCAACAUAUACGGCAGCUGUGGUGAUGGAAUUGGAUUAUGACCGAAUAGAUAUAAACCAAUGUCCACCGAGUCAGGGUAACGACAAGCCAAAUAGAUUUGCUUCAACAGCGAGAUGUAAAGAAGAGACUACUGAAUGUGAACCAAUCCAUGGUUGGGGAUUCCGGCGUGGCGGGUAUCAGUGUCGGUGUCGGCCCGGUUUCCGCCUACCGAGUAUCGUGCGUCGACCGUACCUCGGGGAGAUUAUCGAACGAGCCACAUCCGACCAAUACUAUAAUAACUUCGACUGUAUGGAGAUUGGAUGGGUGCAGCGGCUGCCGGUACAGUGGGAGAAGGCGCACCCGCUUUUGCGUGCGUUGUACGCGGACCGCUACUACGAGUAUGUGAACGCCACGAGCGGGCCGGGCGCGCUGCACUCCGAGCGCGUCAACGUGUACGAGGUGCUCAACUACAUCCGCUCCGUACAACCCUGGAACUGCUCGCUUUAUAAUCCGACUGAUUUGUUCUUGAAUGGAGAUAUAGCUUUUGGUGCAGAAGAACAGUUUGAGAAUCAAGCGAAAAUGGCUGUGCGUUUGGCAAAUUUCAUCAGUGCAUUCUUACAGGUGUCGGACCCUAAAGAAGUUUUCAGUGGUACAAGAGUAGCCGACAAGCCUCUCACUGAGGAUCAGAUGCUCGGAGAGACUCUUUCUAUAGUCCUCGGUGACUCUAAAAUAUGGUCCGCCGGUACAUAUUGGGAUAGAAACAAGUUCACAAACCGAACAUUCUUUGCACCAUUUGCACAUAAGACUGAGCUGAAUACUAGGAAAUUCAAACUUGAAGAUUUGGCGCGAAUUAAUAAGACUGAUGCUGUAUAUAUUAAUAAAUCAUGGUACCAAUUCCUGAAACAGAGAUGGUCGACUAACUUCGACAGCCUCGAGAAGUAUUUUCUUAAAAUGAAAAUACGUGAUUCAGAAUUCGGAAAAUAUUUGAAACAAUACGAGAGAUAUCCAACGUUUUAUAGAGCAGCUAGUAUCAAGCAUGGCCACUGGACACGCCCUUACUAUGAUUGCGAAGGACCUCUAAAGCAAUGGGUUAUUACAUAUGCUUCACCAUUCUUCGGAUGGGACAGUGUUAAAGUCAAACUGGAAUUUAAGGGUGUUGUGGCAGUGACUAUGUCUUUAAUGUCUCUAGACAUUAAUCAGUGUCCGGACAAAUUUUACGUACCAAAUGCAUUUAAAAGUACUGACAAGUGUGAUAGGAGUACUUCAUAUUGUGUACCAAUCCAAGGUCGCGGGUUCGAGGCUGGCGGUUAUAAGUGUGAAUGUUUGCAAGGCUACGAGUACCCGUUCGAGGACCCCAUCACGUACUACGACGGUCAGAUUGUAGAAGCCGAGUUCCAAAAUAUAAUAGAAAAUAAGGAAACACGUAUCGACAUGUUUAAGUGUAGACUGGCUGGAGCGGCAGCUAUCCAAAGUAGCUUUGCUGUAAUAUUUACAGUUCUGAUAUUUUUGUGGAGACUCAGGUAAUUUUAGAAUACAUCGUUUGCAUCUGAUAAAUAUGAUCUGACCCAACUACUCAUAUUAAAUAAAAUAUGUUACUUCAUUUUCUUUUUAAAUCAAAUAUUUUAUAAUGAUAAAGACGAAAAAUUUUUGUUAAUAUAUUUGAAAAAAAAUAAUAGGCAUUGAAGAUUUUGUCUUUACUAUAUUUCUAAAUGGAAUAUUCCCUUAUAGUUUUUUAUAUUUCAAUGUUUUCUGUUAUUUGUGGUGAUUUUGGUUUUUUAAAACCAGUUUUGUCAAAUCAACACGACAAUAAUAAUAACGAAAUACCAAUUCGAAUAUCUCAUUUCGUCUUGUUUUAUGUACUUUGAUUUUUUAUCAAUAAUAUUAUGAAUGAGAUGUCGAAUGAUUUGAUAUAUUCUUUUUGUACAAAUUUGCUUAAAAAUAUAUUUUUUUAACUUCAAAUGCCAAAAUGUUUAGUUGAAUCUCGUUCGUAGUUAUGUAGGUAGGUAAAUAGGAGCCUAAAGUGUUCAGUAUAUAAAAAAUACACAUAUAGCUAAACAAAUUUUUUAACUAUUUAAUUUUCUCAAUAAUGCCUUGCAUAGCUUUAGCCGCAUAUCAGCUAUGUUGUAUAAUUACAAAAUUAUUUAGUAAGUUUUUACAGACUUUUACAAACAUUCUGUGUAUGUUUAAAUUUAUAUAAAUAUUGUUACAAAUUACCUCAUGAAGAAACAUAUCCGUUAAUUCAUCAUUAAAAGUGUACUUAGAUAAAUAUAGUUUUGUAGCAAGAUAUUCUGUAAGAAACAAACUUGAUUUUUGAUGAGGAAUUUGAUUGUUAAAUUAUAUGGCCCACUGUAGACCCAUUUAGUAAAGUACUAUCCAGUCACUAUUUACUUCAAUAAUAAAAAAAAUAAUACUUGUGUUAUUCAUAAUGAUCAACGGCCAUACAUAUAAAUGUGAUUUGGUAUACAAAACUGACUCUUCUUCUUUCAAAUGUCAAAUCAAUAAUGACAGAUAAAUCAGUUUUUAAUUAAACAGUCUCUAAGCAAAACGUAAUGCCGCUAGUUUAAUUAAGCACAUAGAAUAUAAAAGCUAAUAAAACUUGGUAGGUCUUUUUUUUACUUACAAGAGAUUUGUGUAAAAUUUUUGUUGAAUACAACAGACAUUUUUUACACCAUUCCAUUAAAUAAGUCUUCUUUGUAAUUUGUUAAAAAAAUAUUAUUUAUCGUUGUAUAAUUUUUUUUUUAAAUUAAGUAACACUUACUUUUAAAACUUGAAAUUAUGAUGAUGUAAUUUGAUUGUCAGUUCAAUUAAUUUUAUUUUCGAAUAAUAAGGUCAUAUAUAGUAACGGUUUUAUUGGAUAAGAGCAGCUAAAAUUAAGUCAUUUUUAAAGCACAUUGCUAAUUUUUCUAUAUAUAUUUUAUUAUAUAUCCUGUUUUUCAUAUAAUAUACAAUAUGAAAUAUAAGCAUUUCCUAGAUUUUAUUAUAUAAUCUAAAUAUGAGGUAGAUAAAACAUUAGGGUUUUAUAAUGUAAAAUAUAACAAUAAGUUGUAUUGUCAACUAGUUUUCUAUCGGGACUUUGUCCAUUUAUUAAGUGGCAAUUAUUAGAUAUAAAAAGUAUAUUAUUAUUGUCCAAAUUUGCUUCAUGCUAAAUUUCAUCAAAAUUGGCUUAGUGUUAUAACCGUGAAAACUUAACUGACUGACUUACUUUCACAAAUAUAAUAUUUAUAUAGAUAUUCUACUUUUCAGCUACAAUCUUUGUUAAUAAGAAUAAGACAUUGGUUUAUUAUUAAUGUAAAAAGUUUGAUAUAGUUAGAAAUUAAAAAAAAAUUAAUUACUUCUGUCACAUGUACUAUUUAGUUGCACACAUUUAUUUUAUAAAUCUUUGAUACAAGUUGUGCUGAUAUAAAGUAGUAAUAGUAUAAUGAUUUUUUUAAAUUAAUUAUAAUAUAUUAAGGAAUCUUUCAUACAAAUUUCCAUUAUAUACUAUACUUGUAAAUAAAUAAUGACAUAACAUAUGCCAUAGGAAAUUACACAUAAAAUUAAUGGGCUUUUAACUGAAGCUAAUAUCACUUUGGAAUUUCAUUGUUCUAUGUUUUUUUUUUACAUUUUGUAUGUUUAUUUUGAUAUAAAAGAAAGAUAAGAUGUGAUAAAGCUUCAAUUUGUGUUUGUUAUGUAUUUAUUUUUUCUAUAUUUAUUUUUUCUAUAUUGUUUUUCUACUCUUAUGCAUUUUUAUACUAUUGUUUACACUAAGUAAUUGCAGCCUACUUUACUUAUUUAUUUGUUCCAAAGCCAGGGUAUAUAUCCACGAUGCCGUCCAUUUAAGUGCCUUUUACAGUUUUUUAAUUAAAUCUCAAGUAAAAUA